AUGGCAGUUCUGUCUACUUCAGACACACCCAAACAGCCCCCCGGCCAGUCCAGGUCCAGCUCGGCGGGACGCUCGGCACACAAAUCGAAAGCAGGCUGUCUCACAUGCAAAUACCGCAAAAAGAAAUGUGACGAGUCUAAACCGGUAUGUCGGGACUGUCGCCGGUUCAACAAAGAGUGUGUCUGGAUCGACCAUCGCACCAUGAACGGCACUGAGAUCGAGAGCCUAAAGGCCCGUGUAAGAGAGAAGGAAAGUUCCCGCAAAAUGAGAAAACGCAUCGGCCAGCCCCAGAAUGCUGGCUAUGCCCUGCACCCGCUCUCGGAUCUCCGGGGGUCUCCUGUGGGGAUGGAUCCGUCUUUUUCCGUGAGCUCAGAGCCCCGUGGUUCGAUUUCCGCAAUAGUUCAGCCACACAGCCCGUUUUCUAAGCUGCCUGUUAUUCCCAACACUAACUUUAACAUGGCGCCUUCCCGCAGCGGACCGGUAUCUGCUUUGGAUGUGCACCCCAUUGAGUCUGAUCCUAUGAACGAUGUUCUUCUGCCUUUUGAACACCUCGUGGAGCCAAGAUCAUCUGCGGCAGUCUUGGGAUUUCUAAAAGAACUAUCCGCGUUCAAUUGGAACACCAAGCUCACUGAUGCCAACCAGGAAAAUGCAGAGUCAUCUCUAAGAUUUGAGUCCGAGGUCUCUCCUGGGCGAACCUUGCCGAACUUUAAUAUCCCCAGCUUCAUCGAGCAAAUCCAGACAAUGAGCCACAAUUUCCCCGCUCACAUCGACAGCUUAGCCUCGAGCUUCAAUGCGACGUUUUCUCCCAGCCCGCGCGCCUCAUUAUCGUUCUCACCCGAGCUUGACCAGUCGGGACUCCAUUUAUAUAAUUACUAUCUGGAAGUGCUCUCGCAAAAAGUGUCGAUCGCCCCAUGCAGUCAAAACGAGUCCAACUCAUACCAGCGAGUGUUUCUCCCCUUGGCACAGAAGGAUAAAGGUGUACUUUACGGUUUGUUGGCGUGGGCUGGUUUUCAUCUUGGCGGUCAAUGGAUGGCAGAGGGCACCAAGUAUGCCGAAUUGGCGCUAAAACAUCUUUGCGCAGAUAUCUCAUUCACCGAGGGUACCCAAAGAGUAGAGGAUAGAAGGACAAUAAUUAACAAGCUAGCAGCCAUUUUGAUCUUGUGUGGCGCCGAAAUCUGCCGCGGCGAUGUGAAGUUCUGGUCCAUUUACUUGCAAUGGGGCUGGAAGUUGCUACGAUCCAAUGGUGGGAUCUUGAACUUCAACAAUAACAAGGAAGAGCACUGGCUCAUUUCCAACUUUGCGUACCAUGAUCUUCUCGCAAGCUCGACCAGCGAGAGAGGAACCUACUUCCCCAAUGAAACCUACUACAAGAUAUUUGCCGACCCAGACGGAAUCUCUAGCGGAAACCUAAAUCCUCUACUUGGUGUAUCAAAGCCUCUUUACAAGAUCAUCGGCGACAUCAGUAGCUUGUGCUUUGAAAGCAAGCAAAUAAUGGAUCAGUAUUAUAGCCUAUCCCGGAAGGUUCCUAAGCAAAGCGAAGCCACUUUGCGUUCUCCUGAGGAAACUGGUUCUUUGCAUUCUUUCACAGAGACAACUUCUGAAGUCAGUGAUCACUCAAAAGUUGCAGAUUUGCUUAAUUUCAUCAGCAAUAAAGCGCAUGAAUUGGAAAUAACAUUGAACAAUGUCAAGCCUGAUUCUUGCGAUUUGCAGUCACUUUCGGACUCCGAGCUAGAGUCACAACUCACUAUUUUCGAAACAUUCCAACUAAGCUGCAAGUUAUACCUUCGACAGGCGAUCCUCCGGUUGAAUCCGUCCGCAUUAGAGUGCCAGAUUCUAAUGAACGAUCUUAUCAAAUGCAUAGAUGUAUUGAUUGACACACCUAUGCAGGCAAGUAUUGUUUUCCCCGUGUUUAUAGCUGGUCUAUUCACGGUGACCGAAAGCGGAAAAGCCGCAAUGAGAAAGCGAUUCGAGAAACUCAUUGUUGAUUACGGGCCUUGGAAUGUGGUCAGAGUUAAGUCGCUAGUUGAAAAAAUCUGGGAGGAAAACCCGCAUGGAGAUCGUGUUGUGGAUUGGAAUACGAUGUUAAACGACUUGAACUGGGAUCUUAAUUUCGCAUGA